UCCUAACAAAGGUCUGUUUUCAGGUAAAGGUUGUCAUUUUGGGACAAGAUCCAUAUCAUGGACCUAAUCAAGCUCAUGGGCUCUGUUUCAGUGUCCAGAAGCCUGUUCCACCUCCCCCCAGUUUAGAAAAUAUUUACAAAGAGCUAUCUACGGAUAUUGAGGACUUCACUCAUCCUGGUCACGGUGACCUGACUGGCUGGGCCAAGCAAGGAGUGCUCCUACUCAAUGCCGUCCUGACGGUGCGAGCUCACCAGGCCACGUCCCACAAGGAGCGAGGCUGGGAGCAGUUCACCGACGUGGUCGUGUCCUGGCUCAACAAGAACUUGCACGGCGUUGUCUUCAUGCUGUGGGGAGCCUACGCCCAGAAGAAAGGCAGCUCCAUUGACAGGAAACGUCACCACGUCCUGCAGACGGUUCAUCCCUCGCCCCUCUCCGUCAACAGAGGGUUUUUCGGCUGUCGGCAUUUCUCGAAGACAAAUGAAUUGCUCAAGAAAGCCGGCAAGAAGCCCAUUGACUGGAGAGCGCUCUGA